GUUACACACCUGCAGACGCCGCUAUGCUGUAAAAGAAAGAAACAGACUUUACCUACUUGCACUAUUGAGCGUUUUGGUGAGCUAUAUUUGGUAAUUUCUUCAACCUUACAGUUCAGAAUGCAGCAGCCCGCAUCUCAACCAACAACAACCCCAACAACAGCAACAACAACAACAGAUGUUUCUUUGGACCCCACAGCCCAGUACGAGAAGCGUAAGAGGACGGCUCUAUGGGUCACCAUUUCCCUGCUGGCUCUGUCUGUGGUGGUCCUAGUGGUGGGACUGCUGUCUGCCACAAGGACGGGGAACGUGUCUGUAGCUGGCUACUACCCUGGCAUUACAUUAAGUUUCGGAGCUUUCUUGGGGAUUGUUGGUAUCAACCUGCUUGAGAACCGCAGACCUAUGCUCAUUGCAGCCAUCAUCUUCAUCAGCAUCGGAGUCAUCGCCUCCUUCUUCUGUGCCAUCGUGGAUGGAAUCAUCGCUGCAGAGUUUAUUGACAGAAGGCCUUUGCUGGAGAACAGAUGUGAAUAUUACGUCAGUGGGUCCGGCUAUGCCUUCGACAACUACUACACUGAGGUGAGUCUAUACCUGGCUCUUUAGGUGGUGUGCCACUCCUUUAACGACAAGUGUAGGCUGAGGGUGAAAAGCCACACCUGCUACUGCUGUGACCUGCACAACUGUGAGAGCCCAGAAUACCACCGGCAGUACUAUGCGUUCACAGGAGUGAACAGCUGCUGGGACGUGGUGCACCUGCACCGCCUGCUGUGGGCCUGUGUGGUGCUCAACGUGCUGGGCUUGUUCCUGGGGAUCAUCACUGCUGCUAUCCUGGGAGCCUACAAGGACCUGAACCCAACGCCCCAGAUGUCGCCCAGUCCAGCCGCUCCCCCCCAUAUCCUGUACAACCCCGCCCAGCACAUGCUGACGUACGCUGGCUUCUGUCCCUCAGGACAGGCCCUGCCUGCCUACCCCAACUACCCCAUACCCAUGCAGCACCACAGCAGCUACCAGGCCCCGCUCACUCCCCAGCUCAACCCCGAGGGGGGCCCCGCCUCCUCCUGCCCUUCUGAGGAGAGCAUGCCCACCUCCCAGGUCCCCACCCAGCCCUCUUCUCAGGGGGGCUCCCAGGAGCCAGGGGGGUACAUGCUGACCCCCAACGCCCCCAUCCUCUAUGGAACCUCCUACGGGCCCUUCGAGAAGCCUCCACCCUACGCCCACUGA